AUGAAAGGUUUAAAUUUUGAAAGUACAUUAACUUAUACUUACUCAAAAUCGUAAGAAUAAAUGAAGAAUAUAUUAGAAUAAGAUGGAUUUUAGAAGUUAAAAUAGAAUGAUGAUUUAAAAGUUGUUGAAUAUACAAUUGAUCAUUCAAGAUAGAUCAAAUUAAGUCAAUUACUUUAUUUAUAAGUAACAAUAUUUUUAUUUUAAAGGAAAUUAGAUAUAUACAAUUAAAUAUUGCUUAAAAUAUUCAAUUGUGUUUAGAUAUAAUAAUGAAAUACUAAAAACUCAAAGAUUAAAACAUUUAACAUAAUUAUUUAAGUUCUGAUAGAAUUAUAUUAAAUUUAACAGAUUAACAGUCAUAAAUCACUAUAUUACCAUAAAAUCUCAAUUAUACAAUACAUUUUGUAGGAUACGAUUGUCCAUUUUAUGAAAGUAAAAAUUAUAUUAACUCUUCCAAAAAUGAUGAUUAAUCUAUUAAGGAAAUUAUUAUUAAUAUUUUAUAAAUCAAAAAAAAUGAAAGAAUGACAAAAAAGAAUAAGAAUUAAAAUUGGAAUAUAGAUACAGAUUAAGUUAAAAAUAACAAAAUAAUACUUCCAGAUAUAAAUAAAGAAGAAUAGAAAAAAAAAUUCAAUCAAAAAUAUUCAGAACUUGCCUAAAUUAUUGAAAGUUUGUUGGCUGAAGGAAUAUUUAAAUCAAUUGAAGAAUUUGUUUAAAAAUCUAAACUAAUCUUUGAAAAAUAUAAUAAUCAAAAUAAUAAAAAUUAAAGAUUGACAGGUGUGGAUAAAUGCUUUACCAAAAAGAAUUUCAAGAGAUCCAAUAGAUUAGAUGAUGUUAUUAAAAAUUUAAAAUAGAUUUAAUAACUUUAUUACAAAUAGGAAGAAUCUUCAGAAUUUUUAAAAAUCUUAUAAUUAAGCUUCCCAUUAAUUACCAAAGAAUUAAUAACAGCAACUUUUUAUUAGAAUUAAUACCCUCAUAAUAUCAAUUUUUUUCUUAAUUUAAAGUAAGAAUUUAAUAUAAAUAAUGAAAUGAUUGAUAAGAUGAUAAAUGAAAAUAAAGAAGAAAUCAUGAAAGAUUUCAAAUUUGAAUUAGAUAUAGAAAUAAUCAAAGAUGAUGUAAAUUUAUAAUUAAUAGAUAAUAAAUUCAAAAUACUCAAUUAUUUCCUUAAUAGUACUAAAUUUUCAAUGUAAAAUGAUUAACAUAUUAAAAUUUAAAUUGAUAUAAUUAAAAAAGAAAUAAUUAAGGAAGCAACAAUAUAAUCAUUGAAAAAUUAUUUAGAAUUAAAGAUAUUGUAGUUGAUUGAAGAUUUAAUUUGA